CAAUGCGUAAAAGUACUCUACUUUGUAAACAUCCAUUAAUGGAAAAAUAUGAUCAGUACAGCAUUGAAGACAAACAAGAAGAAGAAAAAUAAAAAAAGGAAAAGACAAACACCAAUCUAGGCCUUGGGUUUGGAGAAGAUGUCUCCAAUGUUGUAUUAAUGCUUUUUUUCCCCCCUUAAUUUCAACAAAAAAAUUGUGAUUUGAGGCCACACGGCUGCUAGCAAACAUGCCUUCAAAGAAUGACAAAAUUGCUGUUGAAUUGGCCACUAAGGUUGUUGGGAAAUGGAACGACACUUAUCAAUGGAUACCAACAUUGGGAGCUUUUGCCACCAUUGCAAUGGCGUUUUCAGUUGGUGCCAACAAUCUCCCAGCACCGUUCUCAACAUCAAUAGGUUCAGGGGCUUUAACCCUUCUGAAAGCCUCAAUCAUGGCUUGCGCCAUAUAUAUUCCCGGAGCAGCCUCUGCAAGCAACAGUAGAACAGUAGAUGCUUUAUUUUCUGAUUUCCUCAAAGAAAGUCAACCCACUGAAGGUUUCUUGAUGUGGAGUAUGGUAGUUGUUCUGCUGACAACAACAACGUGGCUUACACUUGCAACAUACCUAGAGUUACCAGUAUCAUCCCAGCAAUCGAUACAUGCUGCUAUGUUAGGAACCAUGCUGGUUACACAAGGUUUUGACUAUUUGCCACUAUGGAACAAGAACGAGAAUCAUGAUUUUAACAGUGGAGGACUGCUCUGGAUAUUCCUUGAAUGGACUCUUGCCCCAUCAAUUGCCUGUCUAUGUGCAUGGUUCCUCUUUGUUGUUUUGAAGAGUUCUAUACUUCGCCGCGAAAAUGCAAAGAAAAGGAUUCUUGUUUUCCUCCCUAUUGACUAUGGUAUAUCUGCAGGAUUACUAUGCUUCGUUAUCGUAUCUCAGGUCAUAGGGAACUAUGUGGAUGUUAAUAGAUUGACUGUUAUGAUUGCUGUUGCAGGGUCUGCUUUGAUUGGAGCUGUAUUAUCUUCGGUAAUUAGUACGUUCAUAGUAUACUUUGUUAUUGUAAAAUUAUGUUAUUAUCCAAUUGGUUUUUGCACACAGGUUGUAGUGGUUCCCUUGGCAAUUAAAAAACUUGCUACCACUAAAAACCAUAGAAACUCAAUGGAGAACGACACAUCCAUGAAGCAAGAAUCUGAGGAAAGUCGAGGAAACCAAGGUUGUUCUAAUGGUGCAAAAGUCGAUGAUGAUGUAUUGGAAGAUUUUAUGCAGAUGAGAGUUCUUGAAACAGUCUAUGAGGAGGAAGAAAGAAGUUGUGGUUCACUUGAUGUGAUCCAAGAGCCUGAGCAGGUUCAACCCGGUGAUAAUACAAGUUCGGAACAAUCCACUCCGUUUAAACAGCUGCUUAAGUCUACGCCGAAUAGGUUGUUGCAAACACAAAACUUUCAGAGGAUUGAAAAAACAACAACAAUCGAAAAUGUCAUCAAGUAUAUCAGAGAUACGGCGAAGUCCACUUUUUCCCCUGUCCUUGAGUAUGACAGAAGAACUCUUGUUCGACAUGCCUUGGCUGAAAAUUUUGAUGAUAUUGAAGACUGCUUCAGUUUUCCUCUACUUCUAGCAUCCUGCAUGGUUGCGCUUAUUCAAUCAACUACUGAGAUAGCUUCCAUCAUGAAUCCAUAUGUAGCUAUACUCGACGUGUUUGAGCAUAGAUCAAAAUAUUCUAGUGAAGACGUGGGACAUUUACAAGUAAAGUGGUGGUAUGGUGGCAUUGGAGGACUUGUUGCUGGAGUUGGAUUCCUUUUAUGUGGGUGGAGGCUGACUCAAUGCCUUGGUGGGAAGCUGACAUACAUGAGCAACUCCAGAGGAUGGGCAUCCCAGUUAACAACAGUGGCAGCAAUGAUCAUAGUUGCUAAGGUGAAGCUACCAGUUUCGAGUGUCCAAGCAUUCAUCGGUUUUUUAGUAGGAGUCGGAGUAGCGGAUGAUCGCUGGAAUGUUAACUGGAAAUUGGUAUGCAAGAUUAUGUGUGGGUGGAUCAUGACAGUAAUUCUUUGCCGUGGGAUUGCUUAUAUGAUGUUCUCUGCUUCCAUGCAUACACCAGCCUAUGCAGUGCCCUGAAGAGGUAAAAAAGAUAAAAAGAAAUUUACUUAUUUGGCCCAUGCAGGUCUCAAGCCUACGACCUUCACAUUAUUAGCACGAUACUCUAACCGACUAAGCUAAUAGGCCACUGUUUAUCUAAGUUCUAUUUUCACUUUCCUGAGCAUUCAGCCACUCAAUUUUGGGUUAUAUGUUUCUUCUUUUAGUUUAAUGUGGCCAGCAGGAUACAAACUUUUAAAUUUGUAAUUCAAUCAUUUCAUUUAUUAAGAUUA